AUGUGUCCUAUCUACGGCUCAGUCCUUUUGAAGAGAGAUGAUCGUUUCGCACCCAACGCAGGUUUUGGUCUGAAAGGGAAGCGUGGCCGGACCGUGGGUCUCCUUGUCUGCAGGGCAAGACAGGGAGGAAUGGGUUGGUGGUUUGGCUUGGGUGUGGGUGUGGAUAGGUGUCAUGCAUUUAGUCCUACGCAAGCUAUACUCGCUACAGAACCAUACGCAUACUCGCUAACCCAAGACACCGACGCAGGGCAAGAUUUCGAUGACGACCCGCUUGGUUUUGUACAAUAUGCAGAGGGUGAGGGCCUUGGUGUCGACGAUCGUUGCGGGGUGGGCGGGGGUGGACGACUGCUUGGGCAGCGAAAGUGA